CCCCACUUCCGUCGCCUUGGGUCUGGCCAGGUCGGUGCUGCGGGGUGCAUGAAGCCAGCGCGACUCAUGAAGGUGUUCGUCACUCGCAGGAUCCCCCCCGAGGGCUGGGCCGCGCUCGCCCAGGCCGCAGACUGUGAGGUGGAGCAGUGGGAUUCGGAUGAACCCAUCCCCAGCAAGGAGCUGGAGCGAGGAGUGGCAGGGGCCCAUGGCCUGCUCUGCCUCCUCUCUGAUUCUGUGGACAAGAGGCUUCUGGAUAUCGCAGGAGCCAAUCUCAAAGUCAUCAGCACUCUGUCUGUGGGUGUCGACCACUUGGCCUUGGAUGAAAUCAAGAAGCGUGGGAUCCGGGUAGGCUACACCCCAGAUGUCCUGACCGACGCCACUGCAGAACUCGCUGUCUCCCUGCUGCUUACCACAUGCCGCCGGUUGCCAGAGGCCAUAGAGGAAGUGAAGAAUGGCGGCUGGACCUCAUGGAAGCCCCUGUGGAUGUGUGGCUACGGACUCACACACAGCACUGUUGGCAUCCUGGGGCUAGGACGCAUAGGCCAGGCCAUUGCUAGGCGACUGAAGCCAUUUGGUGUCCAAAGAUUUCUGUACACGGGGCGCCAGCCUAAGCCUCAGGAAGCAGCAGAACUGCAGGCAGAGUUUGUGUCAACCUCCCAGCUGGCAGCUGAGUCUGACUUCAUUGUGGUGGCCUGCUCCCUAACGCCUGCAACCAAGGGGCUCUGCAACAAGGACUUCUUCCAGAGGAUGAAGAAGACAGCCGUGUUUAUCAACAUCAGCAGGGGAGAUGUUGUGAAUCAGGAAGACCUGUACCAGGCCUUGGCCAGUGGUCAGAUUGCAGCUGCUGGACUGGAUGUGACGACCCCAGAGCCACUGCCUACUAACCACCCCCUGCUGACCCUUAAGAACUGUGUGAUUCUGCCCCACAUUGGCAGCGCCACCUACAAAACUCGCAACACCAUGUCCUUGUUGGCAGCUAACAACUUGCUGGCUGGCCUGAGAGGGGAGCCGAUGCCCAGUGAACUCAAGCUGUAGUCAGAUGGGACCCCAGAGGCCAGGAGGAUGCUGGUCCUACAUCAUGAGGGCAGCUUUAGAGCCUCUCACAUCACUUGACAGUGAAGCACACAGCUGAACUUCACACGUGACCCUAUCUCCUCCACACCUGCUCGAAAGGAGGCAUCACAGUCUCCUUGUGAUCAGCUCAUGAGAGAUACCAAGCCCCCUCGAAGAGAACAGGUUUAUCUGCAGAUGUGUAACUGCACACACUAGAUUACGAGAAGACGCGCUCAUUUUUGUUUUUUGGGUACACAUGAAAUACUUGGGCUUUUGAAACUUAACUAAAUGAUUUCUCUGAAUUAUACACAAUGGGGUUUGGUAUCUCUGAAAACUGCAUAAAAAAAUAAAAAGGAUCUCCUGUUCAUGCAUGACCCAAAUUGAGAUCUACAGAGAUGCAUGAACCUGUGCCGUUCCCCUGGCUGCAUGUGAACUAGGAUACACCGAUGCCCUUGACAGCACAGUGUCAGGACAGCAAGCCAAGGCUAGGGAAAUGAGGCGGGAGGGUCUGAAUGCCUGUGUCGGCUUGGAUGCUACUGGGUGACUGCUAUGGGCUGCCUUCCUCUCUUAACAGUCUAGAAAAUACUGAUCUACCGACACUGCUACAUUUGGAUUUCAAACAAUUUUAAAUACUCAGUAUUGGGAGAGCAACAACAAUAAGAGUUUAGGGUCUAUGCUUUUAAAGUAUAGUAUGUAACUAAUAAACCAUGACAAGUGGCAUUAUUUUUGGUUAGUUUUUAACUGAAAACGUAAUCUAGGUAGGCGUGGGAGAGAUGCCACACGGAGCACGAAGUGUGAAGGAAAUGGAGAAGCAGAGAACAGCUUGUCCUGGGGUGGGAUGUGUCAGACGGGACUGGACUCGGACAUCUGGAUGGAGCAAAGGGUAAAUGUGCAAUGAAAACUCCCACAAAACAUGACUCCACAUCAUCAGAACAAAGACAAACGCUAGCUCUUUUCUGACAUCCAAACAGGAACUGUAACAUUGGUAAUACAAAUUGGUUAAAAUACUGCUAAAACAGCACAUACAGAAACAAUAUCUCACUUGUCACUCCCUACAAGUACAUAUUCCUUUUACAACUUUGUUUUUAAAACCAGAAAAAAAUAACCUGUUAAAACCUGUAUCCAACAGAUAACAUAGUCAAAUGUAUAUACACCUGUUAUUCUAAGAGAAUGUUCGCCUGGACCCAGUGUCAGCACCAUUAAAGGGCAGUGUCUGUGACUGCAACUCAGACAAAAAUUAAAAAUACAGUACUUUCUGAGGAUCAGCCCAGGACCAGCUCAGGAUACACUUUAAAGCAUCUGUGGCAGACAGGCAUGUCCUCAGGGCCUUCCUUUCAGACAGGCACCAAGUCACCACUGCUACACAUAAGUGCAU